UGAUAUGAAAGUGCAGUGAUCGAACCGUUGCGCUAUAUUUAUACUCUGUUACAAUAUUACUGAUUUAUCAUACGUGUUUCAAGACUUCAGAAAAUUUCUAGCGAUGCAAUGUAUCAAGUUUUCAUUAGCGGAUACCGUUUGGUCGAAGUGUCACACGGCAAGCCCUAUUAUGUUUACUGUAUCGAAGUACUGGAGACGGAAACUGGUACUCGAUAUUUCAUCGAGAGAAGAUACAGCGAAUUCAGCGCGCUACAUCGUACGUUACGUCAACUGAACAUUUUCAGCAAUAUAUUUCUGAAAAAGGGAAAUGCGGACGUUGUUCCGUUUCCACCGAAGAAGGUAAGAAAUUGCCAGCCGAAGGUACUCGAGCAAAGGCGCGCAGCAUUGGAAGUGUACAUUCAAAAAAUGCUAAGGCUUUCAACCACGAAGCAACAGGUUCUGAAUUUUCUGGGUAUAGAAGAACCAACACCAGGCGUAUCAUACAAAAGCACGUACAAAAAUACGGAGGAGCCUCAGCACAUUCAUUCCAGUACUCUCGGCCAUCAACCUGUGUUAACAUUUCAAUGUGAUCCACAUGUGCAAUCGAGCGCCAUGUCGAACAGUCUUCCGGAUAUUGUGAUCAAUGGAGUACUUUUGGGUAUAUACACGUCAUGAGCAGCUCACACCCAAUUACACCCAACGAUAUUUUUCACGAACAGCAUCAAACGAACUACGUUUCAUAAAAAAGAAAAACAAACUUCCUCGUUGUAUAAUUCACAUGUAUUUUCUCGUCCCACUUUAAUUGUGGGAGUACGUUGUUAUAGUGGGAGUAUCUUUGUGGGUGUACGUCGACGAAUGUAUGCGUAGAAAGAAGUAGGUGGUACCGUUUCAUGUACAUAUAUUCUAACGUCACGUUGUCAGAGUACGCGACAAUGCGUCAUAUCUUUUCGGAAAUUUGAUUAAUCAAGAAGGAGAAAAAUCGAGUUCACGUGUAACUCGAUCAAGUUUCAAACGAUUAAACUAUAACUCCACUUAGAGGAUUUAAAAAGGUAACAGUUACACGAGAAUCUAUGUAACCCCAUGACAUGCCAGAAAAAAAAAUAU